AUGCAGUGCUGGCCGUCACAACAGCGCUUCACAUGCUCUCCGCCUUCUGUCCUCCCCCUUCUCCCGCCAGGUCUGUCCAACACAGCGGGCACGCUAGCGGGAAUCACCAGUACGGUGGCGACAGGCUACAUGGUGGAGAUGCUGGGGUCGUUCCAUGCGGUGCUGGCCGUCACAGCAGUGCUCUACGUGCUCGCCACGGCCUUCUGGCUCGCAUUUGCCACCGCUGACGUGUCUGAUGCAGCGCUGGCUGUCACAGCAGCGCUCUACGUGCUCGCCAUGGCCUUCUGGCUCGCAUUCGCAUACGCCACCGCUGACGUGGUGUUUCCAUAA